AUAUCAAAUAUAAAAAAUGAUUAAAUAUAAUUAAAUAUACAUUUUAAGUAUAAUUAAACAAAAAUUUUAGUUUAAUAAAAAUUUAGUUUUUUAAAUACCUAUACUUAAAACUUUAUAUUUUUCUAAAUCAUAUUUUAAAAUCUGUUAUUUCAAUAAACAAAUUUUGAGUCAUGGUUAAUUUUAGUGAAGCUCAAGAGCAACUUAAAAAAUACCGAGAAAAUAAUGAACGUAAAAGUAAAGAUGUAUUGGAUCUAUGGAAUUCAUCAAUUAAACAAAAAAUUAAAAGUCUUGGAAAUGAUCGUUACCUAGUUUUGGAACAGGUUUUAAUUGCUGCUUGUGAUUGUAACCGUAUUGAUGUUGCAAAAUCAUGCUUGCAGAUGCUACUAAAUAAAUUUCCAGACAGUCUUAGAGUGCGUAGAUUAGCUGUAACUAUUUUAGAAGCUGAAGAAAAGUAUGAUGAAGCAUUAGAAGCACUUGAUAAAUUAAUUAAAGCUGAUGAAACUAAUGCUCAGACUAGAAGACAUAAAGUUGCUAUAUUAAAAGCAAAAUGUCAAAUAAGUGAAGCCAUCAAAGAACUUGUUGAUUAUUUAAAGAAAUUUAUGGUUGACCAAGAAGGUUGGCAAGAACUAAGUAAUUUAUAUUUGUUAGAAGGAGAAUUUGCAAAAUCAGCUUACUGUAUGGAAGAAAUGAUUUUACACAAUUCUCAGAACCAUUUGUAUCAUCAACGACAUGCAGAUAUUCGAUACACGCAUGGAGGUACUGAUAAUUUAGAAUUGGCUCGUGCUCAUUAUUCUUAUGCCAUUCUUCUUAAUCCUAAUAAUGUCAGAGCAUUGUAUGGUCUUUAUUUAACAGCAAGAAGCUUAAUUUUUUCACAAAAGUUACAAUCAAAAAAAAACACAUUGAAAAAAAUUGCUACCUUAUCAUUGAAACGAAUUGAACAUAUGUACAGUGAAAAGAAGCAGUUAAAUAAAAAAAAUCAAUUAUACGUUCUUGAAACACUGAUGGGUUCAUUACAUUUGAGCUUAAAUUAAUUAAGUAAGAAAUAGGUUGUGGUGGAAAUCUUUAUUGUUAUUUAAUUACAUUUUUUUUUUGCAUUUAUUAUACAAAUGUCAGAACUUCUAAAUAUAGGAUGUUGUUCUUUUUCUGGUAUAUAUGUUAUAGUGAAAUAUUGCAUUAGUUUAUCCACAAAUAAUUUCCAUGAAGUUUUCUGUUUUUCUGUAUCUCGAAGCUCUUGACAUAUCAGGAUAACAGUUUGUGAUGUAGUUGAAUCUACCAUUGUUUUAAUUAAAUCUGGUAUUACCUAAAUAUUUAUAUUCAAUUAGGUAAAACAUUUUUUUUUUUUUUUUUGUACACUUGUGAUUUUAUAUUUUAAUAUAACGAUUGUACAAAUUCAAUAAUAGUAUAAUUUGGCAAACAUAAUAAUAACUUUUAUUAAUA